CAAUACACUUCGUACCGACAGUUCACGUGUGAAAACACGAAAGACACGAAUAUUCAAUUUUUGCAACAUAUUUACAUUACAAAAAAGAACAAAUAUGGCAAACGACAGCGAAGAUGAAGUUAUGGAUGCGUUUGUGGACAAAUUCAAGACCGAAAAGUAUAAACAUGCCUUUAGUGAGGACAACUGGGAAGAGGAGAUGGAGAGAAUUCCUCUUUUUAUGACCAAAGCUCCAGACGAAAUUGACCCAAAGAAAUACCCUGGACUGGCUGCUCUUCAGGCGAUGAUCCAUGAUGAGGACCGCACGCCAGAAGAAAAAGCCGAAGAUCUGAAAAAUGAAGGCAACUCUUAUUUUAAAUCUAAGAAGUACACACUCGCCCUUGUCUCCUAUACGGCUGCUCUCAAAAUGAAGUGUGAAAAUCUGGAACUGAACACAAUCAUUUACUCCAACCGGGCUGCUACGCAUUUUUAUCUGGGUAAUAUGCGUUCGGCGUUAAACGAUGCUACAGCUGCAAAGAAGUUGAAGCCAGAUCAUCUCAAAGCCCUGAUUAGAGGUGCUCAGUGCUGCAUAGAGCUGCGUAACUUUGCAGACGCCUUAAAAUGGUGCGACGAGGGACUCAAACUUUACCCCACAGACAAGAAACUACUAGAGUUCAGAGCCACGGCAGACAAAAACAAGAGAGCAGCUGAGAGAGAUGCAAGAAAAGCCAAAGCAAAGGAAAAGAAGCUGCUCGGGGAGAAGGAAACUCUACUCAACAUUAUAAAGGAGAGAGGCAUUAAGUUCUUCCCCUCUACUCAGCCUCAGCACGGCUCUGACAGUGACGACGAUGAUGAUGAAUCUUCGUCUCGUGGCCUCUCACAGCUCAGUCUGGAUGGUCUGAGUUCACAGGAGGUCACCGGGACGCAGGUCUAUCUAAACCAGGAGGAUGGAGCCCUCUACUGGCCAGUCCUCUUCCUCUAUCCUGAACACCAGCAGAGUGACUUCAUCUCCGCCUUCUGCGAAAACCACUGCUUCUCAGAUCACCUGUCUCUCAUGUUUGGUGAAGAGCUUCCACCAUGGGACACAAAUCAAAAGUACCGUCCUUCAAAUCUCCAGUUAUUUUUUGAAGAUGAACAACAAGAGGUACUUUACCAGGUCAACUUAAGGACUUCACUUCUCAAAGUUCUACAGCAUCAGCGGUAUUUCGUCAAAGCGGGGACACCAAGUUUUAUUGUAUUAGUGAAAGAUUCGCCGUACUGCAAACAAUAUUUAUCUGACAAGAAAGUGCACAGACUGUAAAAUAAAAAUGAACUUUAAAUGUGUUAAAACAGUAAGAGCAAGACAUAUUUGUGUAUAAAGAUGUAUCAUGACAAGCAUUUUUUUUUUUUUAUCAGACUUUAUCAUGUUGCAAUAGUUCUCAGAAAAUCUUUCAAAACAAGAAGAACUCUGAUUGAAACCAAUAAACACUUAAUAAUUAUGGGCUAGUAGUUUUAAAGUUUCACUCUGUAACUUUUCUGGUGCAGGAUCUGCCACCUGUAUGUCUCAAUAGAAAAAAUACUUAUUGUUCAGUAAUGUUCCACAGUAUGGCACAGUUAGGGGUGUCCAAAAAUAUUGAAAUAUUGAUAUAUCUUAUUGUUUAAUGUGAUGAUAUAGUAUCGAAAUGGUGGGGUGAUGUAUUGAUAUAUCACCAAGAGUAUUUUUUUUUUUAUAUUUCACUACCAUAUUUUCCACACUAUUGGGCACUCUGGAUUAUAAAGCACACUGUCAUUGAAUGGUCUAGUUUGGAACUGUUUUCACAAAUAAACCGCACCGGACUUUAAAGGAAACACAGCAGUUGGAUGGGUCAGUGGGACUUUGUUUGGCGCGUUCAUGGUGAUUCUGGGCUUUGUUAAACUGUGGCAUGUAGGGAGGGUGCUGUCUGGAACCGCUGGAUUGUCGGCGUGUUCGCAGCGACUCAGUUGUUCAGUUGUGUUUAGAAGUGGCACAUUGCACUCGCUUUUUUGCUUCGUUCCUCCGUUCCAUUUCUCGUUGGCGUGGAGUGAUGAGUGUGGCUGUGGGUGUUUUUUGCUGCGCGGUCACUGUCUGCUCUGUAUGUGUUUGCGUGCGACUUUGUAGUCGUGCUGGGACACCCGAGUGGAUUUGUGUAUAGGGCGCUCUGGAUUGCGGGGGGCGCAGUCAUUUUUUGAUGGGGUUGGAGGCUUAUGAGCGCGCCCUAUGGUGCGGAAAAUACUGUACAUUAUUUUGUUACAGCUACAGUUGUUGCUUGUUUAGUGGGAGGAAACUUGUUUAUGCAACACAUUUGACAUUUUCACUGUUUUGAUCAGAAAAAUGGGGCAUUUUCAUAUGAACUUUGCACAAUAAGUGGUUUCACAAAGACUUUUAGAAUCACCCAUAAGCUUUUGUUUUUUAUUGAACUGUAUCUAAUAGAUUUAAAAUAUAUCGAACAGUGCACUGUAUCGAGAUUUGUAUCAUAUCAUGGCCUAUGUAUCGAGAUAUGUAUUGUAUCGGCAACUUUUUAAUGAUACCCAGACCUAGGCACAGUAUUAAACUUGCCUUUCUCCAUAGAAACAAACAAGUUACGCCACUAGGCCAGGUUACAAGCCAGAUCUGCAGAGAGGCGAUCUCACUCACAUUAAGACUGCAAGGUUUUGUUUUGUUUAGUUUUUUUGUAAAUGAUAACAUCAUUUAACAUCAAUAAUGAAAUAAAUGCAACAUGGAUAAUUAGUUAAUGCUAUAUUAUUCCAUACAAUGCAAGAAACCUCCAUGAGGAUAAGCAGGUGGCAGACUCUCCACCAAAAAUGUUGCGUAGUGACCCUUUUAGUUCACUUUUCAAAUGAUGUGUGCAACUCUAUCUCAACAUCAUUUUAACUAUACCAAAUAUUGUAUGUACUGUAUUAUUAUCACCACAUACGUACUCAUUACUACGACACCAAUUAAGCCGAAUAAAUGCCUUGAAGACGG